CACGAACGAUAGUCACACUCACCGAGACUAUGUAUAAGUAGGGAAUAAGUGAGUGGGCCUAUUGAAUCUUGACAUCUCAACCUCUCUUGUACAGCGCUCGCUACUCAGUAUGGCGCCUCCUUGGGACACAUAUGCCCAUGAACUCAUGGACGUAGGCUAUGGCUAUCCUUUGUGGAAUCCCACGCCUCGGGACGGAGAGGUGCAGAUUGGUGACGUCGGGUACCUGUUGAAAGGCCAAUUCAUCCGCUUGUUCAAUGCGGCACUUCCUGCGGACAACGACGCGAACAAACUCUUGGUGAAACUCGGAGUCCCAGACGGAUUCGAUCCACUCAAGAUUCCUGAGCACCUUCUCGUCUCUAACGAGUUCUUGUUUUCCGGAGAGACUGUCAUGCGUGAAGAAAAUCAUGCCGCAUUCCAGACCGAAGCUAGUGCCAAUAUUGCGAAUGUAGCGGAAGUGUCGUUCGCUUAUCGCAACGCGGUGACCAAACGUGCUACUCUUAAACUUCCGACAAAGAAGGCGUCGGGUCUCGAGAUCAGCCGCCACAACAAUCUGGUCCCGCGUUACUUCGUGGACAACCUCGCCAAUUGGCAUCGAUGGGCGAUACAGCAGGCGAAUAUCACAGCAGACAUCAUACUCGUCACUGGCUGGGUCAAGAGCGCACAGUGGACCGUAUCUGUUCGCGUCGAAAAGGGACAGAAGAUGUUUGGUCUGCUGGGCCGUGGUGGACACCCAUCGGUCGCCGGGGGCUCUGUGUCCAUCAGCAGGACACGGAAUGCCUCGGGAUCAUGGCUUCAUUGCUCUGGUCCUGCUGCAACAUCGGAUGAAUGCCAGAAUCAAUGCUUGUUCCUUCACUUCUACAAGGGUCGUAAUCGCUGGAUUAGAUGGGUCGCAGAAAUCAGCGCCAUGGACUACUUCAUACCGCCCGCGAUACCAUGUUCGGUUGACGCCUCUGCGGCGGCGAGGGCCGCGCAGAAAAGUAUGGAAGCCGAGAUGGAAGUGGAUGAGAUCCUCGAGAACGACUCUGAUGAGGGGACGUCUGAGAGUCCGGCUCUCGAAGCGAUGUAUGAUCCAGUGGACCCACUGCUAGACUACGUGUUCGAGAGUACCGAUGCAUCCAUGGCUGUGGUCAGCACUGCAGACUACUAUAAAUUAUCUCAAGACGGGUAUGUGAGGCUAACAAUGAUUCAACUAUACGCUCAUCACCUCUAUACGCUGUAGGGCGCCCUCAUCGACCGUGAAAGAAUGGCUCGGCGAGCGUCAACCCCGAAUUCAUCUGACGAAGUGCACAAAUCUCGAGUUUGGUUUCCUUGGAGAAAAUGAUGACC